AUGACUUCGUUACGCUAUCAUCCGGUUGAGCCGGAAACUCUCGAAAUUCAACCUGAAGAUAUUUACCUCAGAGAUAAUGACACUGAGAAUAUUUUUGGAGAUCCCACAGGAAGGGUGACGAUCGGUAUGCGUGAGCUGUUUAUGGUUCACCACCGUUUCGAAUUAAGACAGAAAAGCAUGUUUUUUGGUUCCAUGUUUCUAAUAGUCAUUUUUGCAUUCGUUGCUUUGUUCCUGAUACGAUCAGGUUAUAAACAUGUACAGGAAGAUAUCAUGAACAACAAAGUUCGAGCAAGAACAGGUCUUCAAAUCACUCCAACAAUGAAUAUUGAUGGGCGUAGUUUGAUUAUGUUGUUCGAAGGGGAUAAAGCGAAACACCAGGAGAAGUAUGUAGAAGAAAUCAACAAGUAUCUUGAUGCUUAUACAAAAGAACAAGACUCCCGUAGGAAGUUCGUGUCAGAUUGUAAUUCGACUGAAGCAGCUGAAGAGACUUGGUGCAAUUUCAAUAUUAGUUUGAUACCUGGCAGUGAGGAAUGCACAAAGGAAAAUAAAUAUGGUUAUUUCAACAAGGAGCCCUGUUUUCUAAUACGUUUCAAAGAUAAAAUAGGUUGGCAACCUCAGUUUAAGCAGAACUCUACUCAUACUGAGCUACCUUUCAAAUGUGUUCUGACGCAUCCUUUUCUUAAUUUGGAAAAAUCAGAAGUUAAUAUCACGUACAUUCCCAACUUCCAAGGCGACGAUCAAUUUGGAGGAUUUGCACUUACAAAAAUUCCAUCAAAAACAUUAACACGAAAUGGAGAAGAUGUUAUAGAUGACGAUGGCGAGACAUUGUAUGAUUUGCCUCCUCUGGCUUUCAUAAAAAUCGGCUUGCCUGACAAUUAUAUGCAAGGAGUUGUAACAUGUCGUUUAAUAAGUAAUCAUCCUGACGCUACGAUCACUAACCUCGAAUCUCUGGAUGGAAUACGGGAACAAUCUUUCAGUUUAACCUUUCACUCGUUAGAAUCAAAUUUGUUUUAUUUAACAGAAGAGUGA